CCCAGUGUGUGUACAUUGUCCUUAACCAAUGAAUUCAUGUGUUUUGUGCAUAUUUAGUGAUUGUAGUUCUUAGGGGUGCAACUUUGAAAAUUCACGGUGCUUUAAAUGCAACGUUCAUAUCUCUUCUGUGUGAUUUAUGACCAAGACACUAUUAUAAGCAUUGUGUCCUGGAACAGAGCGUUUAGUGAAACUUGGUUCCUUAACCAUAGGAUAAAGUUUUAUUGCUGUGCAUCUAGCAAGGUCUUCCUCGAGUCCUGGAGAAGUAUCAAGUAUCCUGCAUUCAGGCUAUAAAUCAAGACCACCAGCUAACGAAUUAAGGAUCUGCUGUACAGACUCGGAGCUGAGGGAAGAGGGAGGCCGAUGACUGAAUGUUUACAUAUAUUAUUCGGAGUAGCAUAGAGCACAUUGCCAAAUGUCGGAACUGACCUGAACCUGGAGAGGUAAAUAUACCCACAUCCAAUGGGAAACGUUGAAUACAAAUCCAUUGAGAAUAAACAAAGUCAAGUCAAAACAAUAGAGGAAUAGCGGAAAGUAAUCUCAUUUCCCACGGAAACAGAUACUAUUUUCUACAUAGUUGGGCGACAAAGAGAAGGAACCGUGAAAAUCUACAGCGUAUGCCAACAAAUAGAUCCACGUUCAUAUCUCAACAUAUACGGAAAAUUGGAAAACUCGUAACCACUCGAGAACUACAACAGGAUAAUGCCGGCUGGUCGAGUGGCCGGUAAAGUUGGCUACUCCAACAGUUACUACAAUGAACGCUCCUACGUGGGUAUCAACGAAGAAAUCAUGUGGGUCAGUAUUGGGAUGGGUAUUGCGAUAGCCAUCCUUAUCAGUAUAGCUUUGUGCUAUAUUGCCCGUGAGAAAUGUCGCAAGCGUAGCCGAGAGUUUUACGUGACGGCAUAGCUGGUCGUCUACUCGCCUGUCGAAGCCCGCUACCAUACGCCCGUAUUGAUGCCAAAUGCCCUAAAUCAGGGAUGGUCCAUACAAGCGGUUGACAUGCAGAAUUUCGUCAUAAAUACAGCUGCCAUGUUGACGGUGAAACGUGCCUGGGGCUAAUCACAUCAUGUCACCCUGCCCCAGGCCAACGAGGAUGUGCAGCAAUGACGUAGGUUGGCAGGCAAUUGCAUGGAAAUCGUACGUGAGGCAAUAUAUCUUCGAAAUUAUGGAAUUUAUAAUAAGUGCUAAGUGAAAUACAUUAAAAUGCUGAUCAAUUGUGUGGUUGUUUCGGGGGUGAAUGAGAGAAGUUUGUGAUAUGAAAUGC